AUGCCUGAGUGCGGACAUGAGCCGAGGAGUGACGAGCCCGACUCUGGCCAAGCAGACGUCGCUCACGCUGAGCAUGACGGCAGGUGCUUUGACUUUGUCAGAGAACCUUGGUUCUUGGAGGGCUACAUGGCCUUGUCCUGUGGAUGUGACCGACUCUUCUUUACCACGCAGGACCGUGAGGUUAAUGCCACCCUUCUCUUCAAGCUGAACGGGGUCCCGACGCAGCGCAUGACCCAGUUUCUCUUUCAAAACCGAGACCUUGAAAGGCGCAUCCUCAAGCGGAGCCGGCCAGAGGGCGGCACUUACGUCAAGCUCGAUGUUGCUAGGCGACUAUGCGACCACUUUGGGCUGUCUUGGAAUCCAAUUGACAGGAUAUUCGCCCACCGAGCAAGCCGACACGACUCCAGCUACGCAACUACCGGCAAAGAAUGCCCAUGCAAUCGAUCAUAUGUCGAGGGCGUCGGCUCGAGGGAGGGCUACAUGGCCUUGUCGUAUCGGGGCCGCUUGGUCUUCUUCACGAUUCAGGAUCGCAAGGUCAACGCCACCCAGCUGUUCAAAUUGGAAGGCCGCCCGCUUAACGUGAUGCAUCGCUAUCUGACUCGCCGUAAAAUAAAGAAGCACGUUGUCAACGGCGGGGUCGAAAGCGGAACUUGUGUUGUGCUAGACGCUGCUAGAGAACUGUGCACGAAACUUGGGCUUACCUGUGUUCCCGUCGACAAGGUUAAGGCAUAUCAGCCAAGGCAAGUAGGGUAG